UGGAUGAAACUGGAGAAGAAAAAGGACCCCCUCUUUAUGACUACGGCGCGAGAAGCCCUUUCCCGCCACCGUUGUCAGCCCUUCCCGCCACCAUCAGCCCCUUGAAUCUCUUUCUCAGGAGGUACAGGGCACGUCUCUUUCUCACCUUGCUAGAGGCAACCCUCAUCCUCCAGGAGGCGAUUGUGCUUUUGGUGUUCGAAUUUUUUGAUGGCGGUGGUGGUUUUCUAGACACUUGUUUUGUCCAGCGGGUCUUCUCCUGCAAGGGAAAGGUUCAGAGGAGAAGGUGAAUGUGAAGGGUGGUAGAGGGAAGAGAGAGAGAAUGAAGUUCAAGGCAUUUCUUUCAGAUCAUGGGGUCCAUUUGCUGGAGCGACGGUUCAUACCGGCUUUCGACAAGAUUGGGAGGUCGUGCCACCUUUACUUGACUCGGGAUCAUGCCAUCCUUCUCCACAACCUUCUCAACGGGGACGGCGUUCAGGCCAUUGCCCAAUUCAAGAAGGAGGUUCUGUUUGAAGAUUACCGUAUUUCGAGCCAGAAUGAUGAUCGAAUUGCAUUCACCAUAGAUCUCGGCUUGCUUCACCGAGCUUUGAAAAGCAGUAUGAGCAUGGCCGGAGAAAAACUGCAGAUUAAGCUAAUUAAAAAGCGAACUAUCAAUUCCCAACAACCCAUGCCUUUCCUGACUUUUGAAAGCAAGGGUUACAAAUCUGCGGUCAUCCAAGACGUUCCGGUGUCGAAGCCACUGUCAAGAGCAGAAGUGCUUGAGCUUCAAGCAGCACUCGACAUGGCUCAAGAUAUUCCAGAGACUCUGGUUCAGGUUUCUGAUCUGUCUCGGUUACAGUCAUUGGUGGAACGGUUGAAGCACGUGGGAGAUUUGCUUGACGUUGCCAUUACUCGUUACGGAGAUCUUCAUCUGCAGGUUUCCACAACUCUCAUCAAUGUAGGCGCUGAAUAUAAAAAGCUAAAGGUUCUUGGUGUGAAAGCAAGCCCUCCUCCUGGAGAAGAAGAUCUCAGUCCUCCAGUUCGCACAGAAAUGGCUAUACAGAGAGGGGAAGCUUCAUCUGUGCAAGUAAGCAUGAGGCAUUUUGGCAAAAGUCUUCAGUGUCAUCUAGCUAAACCAGAUUGUGCUUUCUACGGCAUAUCACCUCUUGCUGCGUGUUUGACUAUAAUAUUCCAGUUCUUCAUUCCGGGAACAAGACAGACCGACAAGUCAAUCAGCUUGCAUUGCAGGUUGCCAAUACUGGAUACAGGCUCCUCUUGAUUCCUCUUGAUUCAGGCACAACAAAUGCCAUUGCAAAGGCCCAUGGGCUGCCAAUUUUCAAGAAACGGAUUGUUGAUAGAAGCCAUGAAGUGAUCCACUUCUUUCACGUCUUGGUUCUUUAUCAUCUAAAGACGGAAAUAUGUGGCUCUCUACUGCACUCCAGGUUCUUGUGCACAGCACCGUUUCCGCUGCCCACUGGUGAUGGGUGAACGGCGAGGAGGAUUAGCAGAAUCUGCUUUUUUUUUCCCUUUGAUCUUGUUUAAGACCUGGACACACUAUUCCUCCAGGACUACCAAGUUAUUAGUCAUUUUGGUUCUGCAGGCAUUCAAACUAAGCACGUGAUAGGUUUCCAUAUAAAACUCGUUCCAACAACAAAAUUUGUCUAGUCAUGCAAAUAGCAUUUCUAUAAUUUUCUGAAGACUUCAUUUAUUUUUUUCA